AUGAGUCAUUACCUUGACUCGAGAAUGCUUCAAUUUGGUAAAUUUUGCGAAGCUCUGGAAAGUUCUAGUGCCCUAUUCGAGAACAUUAGGCAUUCAUGGUCCGACAGUUCGAAUUGUACCUUGAAGGAAUCUCCAGAGACUCUUGAGGGGUGGGCAGAGGCUAUUCGCGAUGAUCGGAAUCUGACCUUCAGUCACCGACAUUCCUUGCUCUUAAACUGGAUGUUUCUCCUAUCGCGCUUGCAGCCAUAUUUGACGCCAUUUGACAUCCUUGCCAAUUUCCUUGAGGAUAAAUUGAGUGACGAGACUUUGCGCUUUUUCUCUUCGCUACUUACCGUUUCAGGGCAUUAUAAAGAACCUCCCAAUAUGAGCGAUAUAGAAGAUAGCAUUUCACGCGGCCUGAAAGAGGAUUAUUAUGUUGCCAGCAAACUCUGGGAGGUUUAUCGCCGUCAUGAUUAUGGAUGGAGACAUAGCGUUCGAGGCAGGGUAUUUGACGAAGAUUUCAGUCCAAAGAAGGUUGCAGACGAGAUAAAAAAUUUCGAAAAUCACAGUCGCAACUGGUGGGAAUUUUUAAGGGAAGCAGAAGAUGACCAGUCGCGAGAUUUCCAAAUCGCUAUUCCCCAAUACUAUUCUAAGGAGGUAUUUGACAUGACGGACGACGGUGAAGCCGGAAAACUUUUCUUUACACUUCAUGGAAAGGAUCUUGAAACGAUCAGGAAGAUGUGUCCAUCUACAAAAAGAUCUAUCAUCAUAUCUAAUUUAUGA